GAGGGACAGCCGGAGAGGUAACAAAAAACAACCGUGUGGAUGAUGUAGAAUAAGUGUGUGGCCCCAUGAGCCACAUCACUUUUUCAGAAGAACAUGGCUAAAGCAAAUAUUGCCCAGGAUAUUAUCCAUAGGCAAAUUCAGGAGAGGAAAGCAAGGAGUUUUCAAAGAAGUCAUCAUGUGACUGACCCCUUUAUCCGUCGGCUAGGACUAGAGGCAGAACUGCAGGGUCACACUGGCUGUGUCAAUUGCUUGGAAUGGAAUGAAAAGGGGGAUUUGUUGGCUUCUGGUUCUGAUGACCAACAUAUGAUGCUAUGGGAUCCAUUCCAUCACAAAAAGCUUUUGUCUAUGCAUACAGGACAUACAGCCAAUAUCUUCUCUGUCAAGUUCCUCCCCCAUUCUAAUGAUCGAAUCCUGAUCACAGGAGCAGCUGAUACUAAGGUCCAUGUCCAUGAUGUAAAUUCUCGUGAGACCCUCCAUGUCUUCUCAGAACACACCAAUCGGGUUAAGCGCAUUGCCACAGCACCCCUAUGGCCCAACACUUUCUGGAAUGCAGGAGAGGAUGGCCUUAUCCGGCAGUAUGAUCUGCAGGAGAGUGACACUCACUCUGACGUCCUGAUCGAUCUUACAGAGUACUGUGGGCAGCUGGUGGAGGCCAAGUGUGUAAGCGUCAGCCCCCAGGACAAUAAUUGCUUGGCUGUUGGGGCUAGUGGACCUUUUGUCAGAUUAUAUGACAUACGCAUGAUUCACAGCCACAGGAAAAAUCUUCAGCAGAGCCAGUCUGGGCUCCACACGUUUUGCUCACGACAGAAACCCAUUCCAGAGGGAGCUGCGCAGUACUACGUGGCAGGCCAUUUACCUAUUAAGCUUCCGGAUUACAACAACCGGUUACGUGUUUUGGUGGCCACAUAUGUAACCUUCAGCCCAGAUGGAACUGAGUUGCUAGUCAACAUGGGAGGAGAGCAGGUGUACCUGUUUGAUCUAACAUUCAAGCAAAGGCCUUGUACUUUUUUACUUCCUAAAUCACACCAUAACUCAGGAGAGGUGCAGAAUGGAAAGACCUCAACCAACGGUAUUCAUCGAUAUAGUAAUGGGUUCCGUAUAAGUGACAACAAGAUCCUGGUGGGGCAAUCUACCGAACUACCUCCACACCUGGAGAAGGUGAAACAAAGAGCCAAUGAUGCUUUUGCUCGGCAGCAGUGGAGUCAAGCAAUUGAGCUUUACAGCCUAGCAGUGCAGAGUGCUCCACGCAGUGCCAUGCUCUAUGGAAAUCGUGCUGCAGCUUACAUGAAACGCAAGUGGGAUGGUGAUCAUUAUGAUGCACUGCGGGAUUGCCUACAGGCCUUAGCACUAAAUCCAGCCCAUCUGAAGGCUCAUUUCCGACUGGCCCGCUGUUUGUUUGAACUCCGCUAUGUGUCAGAGGCAAUGGACUGUCUUGAGGAAUUCAAAGCCAAGUUCCCAGAGCAGGCACAAAGCAGCGCUUGUGAGGCUUUAGACAGAGACAUCCGGGUGGCCCUUUUCUCCAAGACAGACAACCAAGAUGACAAAAAGGGAGGUUCAGUACGCUUGCGUCCUGGUGGAAGAAAAGAUUCGCUAUCUGAGGAUGAACUGCUUCUGAGAGAGAAAAGUUUGGACUAUAAACACAGAUACUGUGGCCAUUGUAACACAACAACUGACAUCAAAGAGGCCAGCUUCCUUGGCAGUAAUGCACAGUACAUAGUGAGUGGCUCUGAUGAUGGUUCAUUCUUCAUUUGGGAGAAGGACACGCGUGCUCUUGUCCAGGUCCUACAGGGGGAUGAGUCUAUUGUAAACUGUCUGCAGCCGCAUCCAAGCUACUGCUUUCUGGCCACCAGUGGCAUAGAUCCGGUGGUUCGACUUUGGAGCCCCAGGCCUGAGAGCGAAGGUCUAGAUCGACGGGUGGUACAGGAUAUGGAAGGAGCCUGUCAAGCCAACCAGAGGAGAAUGAAUGCUGAUCCCUUGGAGGUGAUGCUGUUGAACAUGGGUUACAGAAUUACAGGACUGAGUGGGGGAAGUUCAGGUUCUGGUGGGGGAGGAUCUGAUGAUGAGGACACCAGCGAGGGACAAGUGCAAUGCAGGCCUAGCUAACCCAGUGAGGAGGGAGGUGCAAGGGGCCAAGGUGGUGGGACAUGUAUAAGGAAUAGAAAAGUGAAACUUGCUUAUGUAAGACAGAUACCUGUUUGGCUCACCAGUUUGAUUAUAAACUCCAUAUAUCUUCUGGCUCUACCUAUGAGUCUUGAUGCAUUGGGUUAAGAAUGGAAUGAGCUCAUCCCCACUAUACAGAACUCCCAUUAUGCCUCUCCUCCGCAAACUCCAUAAUAAAUUUGAUGCCGAGCAUUG